GGAGGAGGAAGGGCGAUGGCGGACGGCGGCGAGGAGGAGCCGGAGAAGAAAAGAAGGAGGCUAGAGGAGGAACAGCAGCGGCGGCAAAGGCAGAGGCAGAGGCAGCGCUGCCUGGCGGGAGAGAGGAGGCAGAGAGAGACGGGGGAAGGAAUGGCUGUUGAUGGUGGGUGUGGGGACAAUGGAGACUGGGAAGGUCGCUGGAACCAUGUAAAGAAGUUCCUCGAGCGAUCUGGACCAUUCACACACCCUGAUUUCGAGCCAGGCACUCAACCUCUUGACUUUCUGUUAAACACGUGUAAAGUUCUAGUUAUUGGAGCAGGAGGAUUAGGAUGUGAACUCCUGAAAAAUCUGGCUUUGUCUGGUUUUAGACAGAUUCACGUAAUUGAUAUGGACACUAUUGAUGUAUCCAACCUGAAUAGACAGUUUUUGUUUCGACCUAAGGAUGUGGGAAGGCCUAAAGCAGAAGUUGCUGCUGAAUUUCUAAACAACCGAAUUCCCAAUAGCGCUGUUGUUCCACAUUACAAAAAGAUUCAGGAUCUGGAUGACUCUUUUUAUAGACAAUUUCAUAUCAUUGUAUGUGGAUUGGACUCAAUAAUUGCAAGAAGAUGGAUAAAUGGCAUGCUGAUUUCACUUUUAAACUAUGAAGAUGGGGUGUUGGAUCCAAGUUCCAUUAUACCUUUGAUUGAUGGCGGAACAGAAGGCUUUAAAGGAAACGCUCGUGUGAUUAUUCCUGGAAUGACAGCUUGUAUUGAAUGUACUCUUGAACUUUAUCCACCACAGGUAAAUUUUCCAAUGUGUACAAUUGCUUCAAUGCCUCGGCUACCAGAACACUGUAUUGAGUAUGUCCGGAUAUUGCAGUGGCCCAAGGAACAACCUUUUGGAGAAGGUGUGCCUCUGGAUGGAGAUGACCCAGAACACAUACACUGGAUUUUUGAAAAGUCUUUAGAAAGGGCAUCACAAUUUAAUAUUAAAGGUUUGACUUACAGGCUCACACAAGGAGUUGUGAAGCGGAUCAUUCCAGCAGUAGCUUCUACAAAUGCUGUGAUUGCAGCUAUAUGUGCCACUGAAGUCUUUAAAAUAGCCACAAGUGCAUACAUGCCUCUGAACAACUAUUUAGUGUUCAAUGAUGUAGAUGGACUAUACACAUACACAUUUGAAGCUGAGAAGAAGGAGAACUGCCUGGCUUGCAGCCAGCUUCCUCAAAACAUAGAAUUUUCUCCAUCUGCUAAACUGCAGGAAGUCUUGGAUUAUUUGACCAACAGUGCUUCAUUGCAAAUGAAAUCUCCUGCAAUAACAGCCACAGUGUAUGGGAAAAAUAAAACUCUUUAUAUACAGUCAGUAGCUUCAAUUGAAGAACGAACAAGGGCAAAUCUUUCAAAAACAUUAAAAGAAUUGGGACUUGUUGAUGGCCAGGAACUCGCAGUUGCAGAUGUCACUACACCACAGACUGUCCUCUUCAAACUUCAUUUUACUACUUGAUGCAAAUGCAAGUGAUCUAAGCAUGCACUGAAGAAAGCACACACAACUUGUUAAACUACUGUUGUGUACUAGUAGAAGGAAAGUUGACUUAUCCAGCCUUUAUUCCUAUUAUACAAGCAUUGCUGGAAAUUAAUUUGCUCUGAGUAAGUUGCUCUUACUUUAGAACUGACUUUACAAACCAAUAUUUGGUUGUUGUUAUCUGUAUAAAUCUCACUAAUGUACAGAAAUUGGAUGUUUAGCAAUUUCCCCCCCAAAUUGUAAUUACACUAAAGUAAUGCCAACACUUUCUCCUGUAAUAUGGUCAAUAUAUUAGUACCACCUAUGGAUUAGAAACACCUAUGAACCCACCAUGUUCAUACAAUAAAAAAGUGAACAAAGAUUUUUAAAAUAACAUUUUAGAAUCUGUAAAAUUCUUAGUUCAGUCUGCAAGAUAGUAGAAUAAAAUAAGGAAUGUAUUUUCUGCUUUAUUUAAUGUCUUUAUUGAACUGUUAUAUAUUAAAUAUUGCCAAAAAUAUUGCUGUAUUUUUCAAAAUAUGGAAAGAUUUUACUUCCACCUGUAGAUAAAAAUAAUCCAUUUGUAUAUUUGCAAAUACUAGCAGUUACUAUGCAUGGAGUUGCUCUAUGUUGUUCAGGACUGGUGUUUCACUGUUGAAAUAUUUAUUAAUAAAAUUGUAUAAGGAUU